UAAUGCAGGGGUAAAGGCAAAGGAACCACUGUAGCAGCAGAGUUUCACCAAGCCGGUUAACAUCUGGUUGCAUAUCAGAAAUACAAGGUCAUAAUGGAUGUAACAGAGCAGAUAACUCAGCUAGAAGCUGACCUGCAGGAGUUGAGCUCCCUCUUGGAAAAAUCAGAGAGGAAAAGGGUACAGAACAUCUUGCAGCAGGAACAGAAGAAGGUGGAGAAAGAACUUGCCACCAAACGACAGCAGCAGCUGCAGCAGGCUAAGAGAGAGGCAGACCCAUCUGCAGUGUCCAAAGCAGCAUACACCGUGAAGAUCACCAGCUAUGCAUGGGAUCAGUCGGAGAAGUUUGUGAAAAUUUACCUGGAUUUGAAAGAUGUGCACAAAAUUUCAGCAGAAAAUGUAGAAGUGGACUUCACAGAAAGGUCAUUUUCGGUGCUAAUUAAAGACCUAAAUGGCAAAAAUCAUCAGAUGACUGUUCUUAACCUGCUGCAUCCGAUCGAUGAAAAGGACAGCUACAAAAAGGUAAAAACAGACAUGUUGUUGAUCAUGUUAAAAAAGCAGACAACAAAGAAGUGGGAGUGCCUUACAGCAGUGGAGAAACGGUCAAAAGAGAAGGACAAACCCUCUAUGGACGAGAACGCAGACCCCAGCGAUGGCCUCAUGACCAUGUUGAAGAAGAUUUAUGACGAUGGAGAUGAUGAGAUGAAGAGAACUAUCAACAAAGCCUGGACAGAGUCGCAAGACAAGAAGAAAAGAGGGGAUGAUAUGAUGGACCUCUAAAUAUUCCUCUUUUUUUUCUGCAGUGUGACCAAAUUAGAGCUUUAAAGCUCAAGAGUGCAUGACCUAAAUAUUAAAAAGUAGAGCUCAUGUCAUUGGAGAUUAUUAUACAGUCCUUCAAUAAAUUGAUUUUGGUUCUGUAUGAUUUCACGCCAGUCAUGAACUCUAACAAAUAAAUAUGACUGCAUUGUAAAGAAAAACUAGGUCCAGCAGAUGGCGCCCUUCACUCAGUUUAUUGCUCGUUGAAAUUUUUCCAACAUUGGAGGAGAAAAUUGUGGGUAGUGUAGUCUGUGUCCAUUUCUUCAGAGGAUGACAGGUUUGUAACGUGCCAAAUUCACACCUCAGUUUUGCUAUAAAUAAAGACAUCCAGGAGUGAAUUCAUAUCCUCAAAAACAUACUUCUGCUGUUUAGAACGUUAUGUUCAUCUCUAUUGCAGCUAAAAAUGAAAACGAUGUGUAAUUCCUCAAUUCAUUUAUAUUUUGUUCUUGUUGAAUAGUUUUUAUUAAAUGUGUAGAGUUGGACUGUUUUUAAUUGUGCCCACUUUUCCAAAAUAAACAAUUGUACAUCUUAA